UAAGGUAUAGAAAUGGCCUAGGAAAUCCACCACCAUGGAGGUGUCAGGGUGGCCCUCUUCAGCCCACCCUGGUUUGUGUAUGAAAGUUCCCAUGUAAGCUUUCCUUGGUUAGAGGAUAGCCCUUGGUGUGAGCUUGAAAGCCUGAGGGAACAGGAUUCCGAACCCCUAUUUCCAAGAUGCUCCACCAGAAGUUAGGAGAGAGGCCCCAAAGGCAACUUUUACAUUAUAGAACAGUGGCAAGCUGGGUGGAAAAGCCAGGGACAGAGUUAGUGGCUGGUGGAGCAGAGAGAAAAGGAGGUGGAGACCAUGGGCCUGGCGUUUGGGUUAGAGGGUGGCUUAGGUGUUGGGCUCUGCUUUGAACCCUGGGAUUCUGAAUUCAAAUCACUGGCUGGAGCGCUGUGGGCAGCAAGCCUUUGCUUUCUCAGAGUUUUCUUGUAAUGGUGACAUGACAAAGCCCUGCGGGAUGAAUUACCUAGCCCAUGUUUCUGAGUGUUUUCCUCUCCUUGGCAUUCAGCCAUGUCCCAGAGGAGGUGGCUCUGUGCUUGGUGCUGUAAUCACCGUAGACCAUUCAACUAAUAGCGUAGGCUGCCUCAGUGAGUGGCUCAAGAGUAUUGCAGCAAUUAAUUCUCACACAGCGUUGAGGAGAGCGUCAACUCAUCGCACAGGGUCUCGUGUGCCCCUGUUGGCCUCAAACCCAUAUGCAGUUGAGGAUGACCUUAAACUUCUCAUCUUCCUCCUCCACCUGCAGAGUGCUAGAGUGACUCCUACCUGAUUUAUGUGAUGCUGAGGGUCAAGCGCAAGCUUUCGCGUGUUCUAGGCAAGCACUCUACCAACUGAGCUACACCACCAGCGCCCACUAAGUAAUGUAUAUAAAACGCUCAGCACAGAGAAUAGCUGCAGGUCCCUUUGUCCCUGUUUCAAUAUGGAGGAACUUAGCUCUGGCUGGGCGACCUCCACCCCCAUUCCUUCUGCAAAGAAGGACUCGAGCAAUUGACAGGGCAAGAGGCAUAUAGUGAACCCAGGUAGCCAUGCUGAAAUGGGAAGCCUAACCCUAAACUAGCAAGGAGUACAGUGAUUGGUUAGAAAUAAAAGGGGGUGGAGGCUUUAGGAGAACAGGGGAAUAGGAAAGGCGUCUAACCCACCUCAAACACAAGCUAACGUCUCGAUCAUUCUGAGAAAUAACCCACGUUCCUGUACUGCAACGGGUACAGAGGCAACUAAAAAGUCAGUCAAGGUGACAAUCAGAAGUCAGUCAAGGUGACAAUCAGGACUCAGAGAAGUAACAAAGGCUCGGGCAAAGUCUGCCUUUUCGGUGAAAAGAUAUAUACCCCCGGCCAGAGCUGGCACCCCUACUUGGAACCACAAGGCACGAUAUACUGCGUGCGCUGUACCUGCUCUGAGAAUGGACAUGUGAAUUGUUACCGCCUCCGCUGCCCACCCCUUCACUGCUCACAGCCUGUGAUGGAGCCACAGCAAUGCUGUCCCAGGUGUGUGGAUCCUCAUGUCCCCUCUGGCCUCCGAGUUCCCCUAAAGUCCUGCCAGCUCAAUGAGACCACAUACCAACAUGGAGAGAUCUUCAGUGCCCAGGAGCUGUUCCCUGCCCGCCUGUCCAACCAGUGUGUCCUGUGUAGCUGUAUUGAAGGCCACACUUACUGUGGUCUCAUGACCUGUCCUGAACCCAGCUGCCCCACCACACUCCCUCUGCCUGAUUCCUGCUGUCAGACCUGCAAAGACAGGACAACUGAGAGUUCCACAGAAGAAAACUUGACACAGCUGCAGCAUGGAGAGAGACAUUCCCAGGAUCCAUGCUCGGAGAGGAGAGGCCCCAGCACGCCAGCCCCCACCAGCCUCAGCUCCCCUCUGGGCUUCAUCCCUCGCCACUUCCAGUCAGUAGGAAUGGGCAGCACAACCAUCAAGAUUAUCUUGAAGGAGAAACAUAAAAAAGCUUGCACACACAAUGGGAAGACAUACUCCCAUGGGGAGGUGUGGCACCCCACUGUGCUCUCCUUUGGCCCCAUGCCCUGCAUCCUGUGCACAUGUAUCGAUGGCUACCAGGACUGCCACCGUGUGACCUGCCCCACCCAAUAUCCCUGCAGUCAACCCAAGAAAGUGGCUGGGAAGUGCUGCAAGAUCUGCCCAGAGGACGAGGCGGAAGAUGACCACAGUGAGGUCAUUUCCACCCGGUGUCCCAAGGUACCAGGCCAGUUCCAGGUGUACACGUUGGCAUCUCCAAGCCCAGACAGCCUACACCGCUUUGUCCUGGAGCAUGAAGCCUCUGACCAGGUAGAGAUGUACAUUUGGAAGCUGGUGAAAGGAAUCUACCACUUGGUUCAGAUCAAGAGAGUCAGGAAGCAAGAUUUCCAGAAAGAGGCUCAGAACUUCCGGCUGCUCACCGGCACCCAUGAAGGUUACUGGACCGUCUUCCUAGCCCAGACUCCAGAGCUGAAAGUUACAGCCAGCCCAGACAAAGUGACCAAGACAUUAUAGCAAGGACCUAAAGAGUUGCAGAUACGAGUUUUAUUGGUUUUGUUAUUAUAUAUUAAUAAAGAAGUCGCAUUACCCUCUC